UUACAAACACUUCAGGUAAACAACUUUCCCCGAGGUCUGGCCGGAGCAUCAUGACCAUACCGAGGAUACAUUAUGGGGUAUUUCUCCUUUUGUCACUCAUUCCACUGAGCCUGAGUGAGAAUUGGGCGUUUGAUAAUGCCCCAGGAAUUGCCAUGGAGUACAAGAUUCACAUAGAAGCGGGUAAAGAGGACUGUUACUAUCAAUAUGUUCAUCCAGGCGCCUCCAUCUAUGUUAACAUGCAGGUGUUGAAAGGAGGCGAUGGAAAUGCUGGUAUGGCUGUCCGGAACCCAAGGGGCGAGAUUGUUCACCCUUACACUUGGAAGAAAUCGGCUGAGUAUGAAGAAGUUUCCCAGACUGGUGGUUACUAUGGCAUCUGCAUUGAUAACCAGUUCUCACGCUUUUCUGCCAAACUCAUCAAUUUGUACAUGACUACAUUCAGAUAUGACAUGUGGGAGCAGUAUACUAAAGAACUGGAGGAUUUGGAUAUCAGCGUCAACAAUUUUACACACUCCAUCAAGGGCGUCGACCAACGUAUACACGAAAUUUUGCUCUACCAAAGUCAAGCCAGAGCUAAGGAGUCUCGAGAUUUACAGCUGUUGAUUAGCAAUAAUCAGUAUGUGCAGUACUGGUCCAUUGCACAGUGUAUGGCCAUUGUUGCAGCUGGGACUAUGCAAGUCUUCUUCCUUAGAAAACUUUUUGACACACAGGUCACCACUAAGUCUGGUGGCAGAGCAUAGUAGAAGUGCAUGUCUAAACCAAACAAGGUUAGUACCUGUACUAAUAAUAAUUGGUCACAUUUUUGUUACAAAUGAAAGGUAGUUUUUUAUUAUAACUGUGGGAGUUAUAGUUUUCUAUUUUUUACAUUAAACCAAAACAGGAAAAAACACCAAAUGGUUUUAACUUGAGGUAAAUUUAAGUGGAAUCCACUUUGAAAGAAAACUUCGUAUGUUAGACAAGUAGUUUCUUUGGUGCUGCUCUAACUGUUUUAUCAAAAAUGGGUCUUCAAGAUUUUAGUCCCUUGCUGGUUUUACCAGAGAUGCUGUUUGGUUACUCCACAUCUUUCUUUCUUUAGUUUUCUUAUUCCACUUGUUACAUAGAAACUAUACAAGAUUUUUAUCAUCAGACUUGGUACAGUACUGGGUAUGAGUUUAGAGAAUAGUGUGAUGGUCAUACUUAUUACCGGUAUAUGUGGUUGAAGGAGUAACUAAUAGGGUACUAUUGGUAGGGACUAUAAUUGGCAUAUUCUAUAAUGGUUUGCCUAAUUCAUAUAUUACAUUAUAUGCAUUUUUCUGUCAGUAAAUUGAGUUUUAUAUAUAUAAGCUUUAUGUGUGCAGUAUGUUUUUAUGAAUACAGUUAGAAGAAUUUUUUGUUGACUUCCAUCCAAUUUGAAUCUCAGUUUUUAGAUCUGACUGAUCUAAAUUCCUAUUUUAUUAGAUAAUGAUGCUUAUUGUAGAAGCUGCUGGGGUUGGUUUAAUCUCUGAGUGUAAAGUUCACCAAGAUGUCUCAAAGUUGAUUUACCAAUUUGAGUGAAACUUUGCAAACUUGCGGAAUGAUAAAUUGGUGUCUGGUCAAAUAGGACCCAUUCCUAAUUGACCCCAACACAACAUAACUACUGUAUUAGGGUUAGUGGCAAGUUCUUAUAGGCCCCAACUUUAGUGAAUCUUAGUCCUUGUUAGGUUUAGUGGCUGUUGGGACCAAAGCCUAAUUGAUUUGCAACCAUGAAAUUUAGGUUAAGAUUGGAAGAUCAAGGUCACAGCUGAGCGUCACAGUGAUGCUCGGAGCUUUCUGAGUCCAGUUGUAGAUGAAACAUUAUGAUCUUAGGCUUCAUGCCAUAAUUUAUUGAUUCUCUACAUUCCAUUGUUAUUAUUUUUAUUCAAUAUGAUUAUAAACUUUUUUCAUACAUUCAUUUAUUGAUUUUAUUUUUGUAUGUUUUUAAAUUUAUUGUUAUAGAAUGUUCCUUGUUUUUGAGUAAAAAAAAUGUGAUAAAAAAAUGUUUUAUAUUACAUUAGACCCUCGAUAAUAUGGCACACUAGGGGCUCUGGUCAUGUUGAAUUGCUGAAUUUGCUCAUAUUUCCAAAUUUUUGCAUCCACUUUGACAUGUUGCUAAAAUUUACCUCCAUACAUUGGUAAACCUGCCAAUAAGAAAAAGGUGGCCAAGCACAUGAUAUUCACAAAAUAAUAAGGUAUAAUAAAGAAUACAGUACAUUACUGUACAGUAUUUAGAUUGCUGAAGAACAUAGUGAAAAACAUGCCAUGGUGACUGGAGAUACUGUAAUUGCUAGGGGGACCAGCAGACCUCUACAACACACUGUCUACUGUAUUUUCUGUCUCUACACUUCAUUGUUUAUUAUUUUAUAGUCAAUAAAAUUUCACAAAACACACCUAUAAUCUAUGCAUAAUGUUUUUAUUUUGAGUUACUAUCUAUGUCCAUGAUGACAUCAGGAAGCUCUGAGGUCUUGUCACUAGACAAACAGUCCAAAUAUGAUCUUGAGGCCCCUGGUGAGGGUUCGAACGGUCCAGUAGAGGGGACCCUCUUGGCCAUGGACUGGUUACUGUACUUACUUCAUUCACUGUCUCCUUUCACUUCUCUCGAGGAGAAUAUAACUUGAAAGUUGUGUGGAUUUUUGGGCUGUUAUGUUCUUGCAUGAUGCAUCUCCAUGAUCUUGGUUUGGAGCUCAUGAUGAGUGGAAUACUGUACUAUAGCACGUUUGCACACUCUUGUCUUCCAUGACAUCCAUUCACUUUUAAGACACUUUCGUUAUCUUUGUCGUAGUUGCUGUCUUCUUUAGGCUCCUCUUCUCCUCCAGUUACUUCUUCCAUAAUUUUCUCCUCUUAGACAUAGUGGUAGCCAGGUUUGUCUUCAUCAAGCUCUAGCCACAUUUUUUUCCACCCCUUAUUAAGGCCUGCAUGUAGUCCUCAGGUUCAAAACCCUUGAAGUCUGACCUGAAAUUGUAUCUGCCAGAGCAAUUUAUUCCAGCUAUUGUAUUCAUCAGGGUUUACUCCUUCACCAUCUAAUAUGCUUCAGCAAUGUUGAAGACAAUAAUAAAACUUGUACUUCUUAAGAGUUAUCUAGUGACCUUUAAUUCAUCACCAGCUCCACCAGGCAGCCGUCCAUCUGGUCGUGACAGUAAUGUCUCUUUAUAGUUUGAAUGAUGGACUGGAUGAUUUUACUAUCCCAGCUGCUAAAUUCCUCCUUAGCUAGGUAAGCUGGAGCUUUGUCCAGCAAGUGGAGGGCUUUGACAUCUUCAGGAUACUUGUGGGAGUCUUUUGAAUUCAUAUUGUAACACAAGGCAAAACAGCAUACUGUAUACAAGACUGUACCAAGGGUGUGCAAUCAAGGGCUGAUGAAAGGGAGCUGCCCGAGAGACACCAAAUAGCUGCACACAAUUCCCAAAGCUGCCCAAGUCACCUAACUUGACACAACUUGUGGGGCAAUUUUAGCAAAUAUAUAUGUAAAUUCAGCAUGUUGAAACUUACCUCAUGAUACAAUAAAUUCAAAAUUUUUGUUGUAAUCAAAUGGAUCACUGGCCAAGAGUCCAAGAGGAUCUGAAACUUUUGCAAAAUACAUUUUGAUUAUUUCCACUUUCAUAAGAUUUUUUCACAUUUAGAUUCAGUGAUGUUCUUUGUCACAUUGGUGCAUCUUUUUGCAUUUUGUGAUGCUGAACUUUACUGUCCAUUUUUUCACCACUCCUAAAACUGGCAGAAAUCUUUCUGUAUUGUUCUGUCUGUUUGGUUCUUAAUUUCCUUGAAUAACUUUGCAAACAUUUGUAUGAAGUAGUAUACAGUAUAGCAUCUGGCACAUCAUAUAUAAAAUAGCAACAACAGUUCCAGCUGACUGCCCUAUGAUAUUCCACUUGUCAUAGGUACACAAGACAAUUUUGUGCCCUUCCAGUUUAAUUUUCAGCCUUUCAUCAGGUAUGUUAUCGAAUGCCUUAACAAAGUCAAGGUACUAUAUAUAUUGUCAUUGCAGAUUGACCCUCAAUUUAAUGGCAUCAGUGGGACUUGGACCAUGCCAUUAAAUCCAAUUUGCUAUUAAAUGAAAGUAAUGGGGGGGGGGGAGGGGGGCGUCGCUGAUGAAUCCAUUGCAUCAAGCUACCAAGAUUAUCAUAUUUGUCAUAAUAUCUUAGGUUAGAAAUGAUAAAUGUUUCAGAGAUGGUGUUGUUAUUUAUAUGGAAUAAGUUUUUGUAAUAAAAACUAAUAAAUUUUAAUAAAUA